AUGCACUUAAAGACAAUAAACCACUGCUCCAAUUUUUGUAUCCCUUGCUUACUUUUUUUUUUUUUCGCUUCUACCUUUCUUGCCGGAACUAAAAUUACUUUCUUUUUCGUCGUCUCACAUUCGAGUUAUUUCUCCUUUUCUCUCUCUCUCUCUCUCUCUCUCUCUCUCUCUCUCUCUCUCUCAAGGACUCGUUGCCUUUACAUCUAUCUAUCUAUCUAUCUCUUUCUCCUCUCUCUCUCUCUCUUUCUCUCAAGGACUCGUUGCCUUUACAUCUAUCUAUCUAUCUAUCUAUCUAUCUAUCUAUCUCUCUUAUCUCUCUCUCUCUCUCUCUCUCUCUUUCUCUCAAGGACUCGUUGCCUUUACAUCUAUCUAUCUAUCUAUCUAUCUAUCUAUCUAUCUAUCUAUCUCUUUCUUCUCUCUCUCUUUCUCUCAAGAACUCGUUGUCUUUACAUCUAUCUAUCUAUCUAUCUAUCUAUCUAUCUAUCUAUCUCUUUCUCCUCUCUCUCUCUUUCUCUCAAGGACUCGUUGCCUUUACAUAAAUCUAUAUAUCUAUCUAUCUCGUCUCUCUCUCUUUCUCUCUCACUCUCUCUCUCUCUCUCUCUCUCUCUCCAUAUAUAUAUAUAUAUAUAUAUAUCGGGUAUACGUCUACAUGUCACUCCCUAUCUCUCUCUCUCUCUCUCUCUCUCUCUCUUUCUCUCAAGCACUCGUUGCCUUUACAUCUAUCUAUCUAUCUAUCUAUCUAUCUAUCUCUUUCUCCUCUCUCUCUCUUUCUCUCAAGGACUCGUUGCCUUUACAUAUAUCUAUAAAUCUAUCUAUCUCGUCUCUCUCUAUUUCUCUCUCUCUCUCUCUCUCUCUCUCUCUCUCUACAUAUAUAUAUAUAUAUAUAUAUAUCAGGUAUACGUCUACAUGUCACUCCCUAUCUCUCUCUCUCUCUCUCUCUCUCUCUCUCAAGCACUCACGGCCAUCGUGUCACCGACCCUGUCUUACCCGAAAGACCGCCUGAUACGAACCCGAAAGAGAUCAUCUCUAUCUCUAAUCUCUUCUCUUUUUUUCUUUUUUUUUCUAUUUCCCUCGCCAUCCUCCCUCCCCUCUCUUUCUCUCUGUCACCCAAUCUUCCUUUUCUUUCUUAGUAUUGCUAAUCUGCUCUUGUUCCUCCUUUACGUCUCCCAUCGGACCAUAAUUUUUCUCUUUCCCCUCUUUAUCCUUCUUUUCCUGAUUAAUUUUUUCCUUUCUCUCUUUUCCUAA